UCUAACUUAGUCAUUACUAACGCUAUAGUUGUACAUAAUCAAAACUUGUCAUCCAAUCAAAAUCCUAGUGACAUAUCUGAUCUUUCACUAACUGGUGGUGGUUUACCUUCUCAUAUGUAUACAUUUAACCAGGUAGAAAAUAGAAUUGAUAAGCUUAAUUCUCAAUUGUAUAAUAUAGAAAAUGUUCCAGAUACUUAUAGAGAAAAACUCUACUCUUCACUCGGUAGGGACUCUAAAAAGGUUGUUUUUUCACCAGAACUUGGCAAAGAAGAAUCAUCAAAUGAAAGUAAUGGUAAAAUGGUAGAAAAUCAAAGCAGCAUCAAUACUAAGACAUUUACUGAUCAAGAACAUGAUCUACAAGCUGAAACUCAGCGAGAAAUUGAAAACUUGAUUGCGUCUGUUCAAGAAGAAAAGAGAAGACUUGCAGAAGGGGAUGCAAAAGAAAAAACUUUUAUCAUCGAACUGAACGAAGAAGUUCCUGCUGGAUCUCGUAUUUCUGUGAGUGUUGGUCUGUCAUCCAAUCAAAACUCGCCAGUUAAACACGUAGAACCUGAUCUAGCAUCACCAAUGUCUCAAGACUCUAUUGACUUUCACAGUACUGAUAUUGAUCUCUCAGCCCAAACUAGUAUCGACUGUGAUAGUUUUAGUUUCUCAUCUCUUGCUACUAGCGAAGAUUUAAUUGACACUUAUAUUCUUCAUAGAAGGCAUUUUUCUGAAGAGUUAGAUGAGGAAAAUGAUAUAAUAAGUCCAGUCGAACCUAGUGUUCAAUUCAAUUCUCUGCGAAGGAGUCGAAGUUUGAAAAAGAAACGUCCAACCAAUAUACAGGUUGAACAGGUUAAAGUAUAUGCAGGUUCCGAAGAUGGAUCACCUUCUCCACAACAGCAUCAAAGAUCAUUUUCUUGUGGAACAAAGAGAUCUCCCCAUAGUCGUUCACCAUCAGAAAAAGGAUUUAGUAUUUUAAAAAGUCGUUCCCCAUCAGGGAAGAGAACUCCUGGAGGAAAUUCUCAGACUUCUCUGGACAUGUCGCCAUCAGGUGCUAAAAGAAGGAACUAUUUCACUCUCCCGCCAAGAGAUACUUUUUCCAGUAUUGAUGACACUACUAGUCCUGUGUUUGAGACUGACAUUGUUAGACACAUUAAAGAUCAUCAUGAAAAAUUUGAAACAAUUCUUGGUACUGAUUUCAAUACAGAACAGAUUGAAUCUCAUCUUAGAUCUGACCAAAGCAAAGAAUUUAGGAUUCAUAAUGAGGAUUUAAAUGAAGAAGAAGAAAACAGUAUUUUAGAUAAAAGUUCAAGCACUGAUAAAAGUGCUGAGAAUACAGAAAUUGAACAAAUUGCAACUAAAAAAUCCAAUAAUGGAAAUGAUUUUAAAAAUGAAAGGUCAAAAUCUGGGACAAAAGAUGGUAGCAAACAUAGCAAAUUGCAAAAACAGGAAGUGAUUAAAACAAAGGAGGAACAGGAAAGUUUUACGUCUCAGUCAGAAAAUAUAAAUGGAGAUAAGCAAAAUAUUGAACAAAAAAGUGUAAAGGCUAAAACAAUCAAUGAACAAAGUAUAAACGAUGGGACAGUUGAUUUUGUAGAUAGUCAGCAUAUUACAAGUGAUAAUGGUAGUUUAGACUUCCCAUCUCCCGCAGCAGUAUAUUUAUUAAGCGAAGACUUGCCACCUCCUUACCCAUCUGUAGUAUCCAAACCACCUCAUGGCUUACGACAGGAGGACAGAAAAAUGUCUGCUCCAGUGUUUGGUACAAAAGAAUAUCAGAAUGCUAGAGAUAGACAGAAUGAGAAUAGGCUAUCAAGAUGUGAUGAAGUAGAAAAUAUCCCAACCGUUGUACAGGAAGAACCAGAAAUGGAGGAGGACUUCCAUUGCCAUGUAAAUAGAACUGUAAGUGAAAAUGACAAUUCUAUGAUGGAUAGGGAUGAAUCCCCGCCCCCUCCCCCACCACCCCCACUGGAUGAUGACAUUCCCUUUACUCCACCCUGCUACAGGUCCACUCCACAACGAGACAUUGAUCAUGGUACAUCGAUCUUGUCAGAGCAUGAAGGACCAAGAAGUAAUGUCAGCGUCUUAUCUUCAUCCAGGACUGAGGACUCAGAGGAUGAUCAUAGGAAAAAAGCAAAGAGGCAUCUUGUAGAUAGAGCUUAUUAUAUUGCCAAAGAACUGUUAAUGACAGAAAGAACAUAUAAAAAAGACUUGGAGGUUAUCACAGUUUGGUUCAGAAAUGCUGCCUCCAAUGAAGAAACAAUACCAGAUUGCUUAAUUACACUGUUUUCAUCACUGGUUCCUAUCUAUGAAUUCCAUUGUGAUUUUCUCAAGGAGUUAGACCAGAGAUUGUCAAUGUGGGAAGGAAAGACAAAUGCUCAUAUGAAUGGCGACUAUCAAAGAAUAGGAGACAUAAUGAGUGACAGCUUUAAUACUAAUGUACUAAAUAUGUAUAAACAUUACAUUGAUCAUGUGGAAGAUUUACUAACACAAGUGCAGGAAAAUAUGAAGAGGAACAAAAAGUUUGAUCAAAUGUACAAAGAAUUUGAAUCUCAAAAAGUGUGUUAUCUGCCCUUGAAUACAUUCUUUUUAAAACCUGGCCAAAGAUUAUUGCAUUACAGACUUAUUUUAGAACGAAUAACAAAGCACUAUUCCAUGGAUCAUCAGGAUUAUGCUGACUGUGAUGCUUGUCUGAAGAAUUUCACUGAUGCAGUUUCUGAAUGUAAAGACAGAAUGAAACUGGAAGAGAAUCUUCAGAAGUUAAUAGAACUGCAGAGAGAUAUGAUAGGAAUAGAUACCUUGGUUGAUCCUGAUAGAAAUUUUAUUCGAGAAGGAUGUUUACAGAAAUUUUCAAGGAAGGGAUAUCAACAAAGAAUGUUUUUCUUGUUUUCAGAUAUAUUGUUAUAUUCUAGUCGUACUGCAUCAUCCUUACUACAGUUCAAAGUUCAUGGACAACUUCCUCUUAGAGGAAUGAUUGUUGAAGAAUCUGACCAUGCCAAAAUGGCUGUAGCAAAUAGUUUUGCCAUUUAUGGUGGAAAUAAAUGUAUACUUGUAGCUGCCAGUUCACAAGAGGAGAAAGAUAAAUGGAUAGAAGACUUGAAUGAAGCCAUAAUAUCUUCUGGAAAUAGAAACGAUAGUAAACUUAAAUAUGCUAGUCUUAAAUCAUCUACAAGUUCCUCAGAAAAUGUAGAUGGUGAGACUCCAGAAAUAAAUGGUCAUGUACCAGAGAAACAAAUACAUCAUAGAUCCAAUACUACUAUGCAUGUGUGUUGGCACAGAAAUACCAGUGUUAGUCUCAGAGACCAUGAAAAAUCAGUCAGGAACCAGAUGAGUGGUUACUUAUUAAGGAAGUUUAAGAACAGUAAUGGAUGGCAGAAACUGUGGGUUGUCUUCACUAACUUCUGUUUAUUUUUCUACAAAACAUAUCAGGAUGAUUUCCCCUUGGCAAGCCUGCCAUUACUAGGUUAUGCAGUUAAUACACCCGAUGAUGAAGAUGGCAUUCACAAAGAUCAUGUAUUCAAAUUACAAUUCAAAAAUCAUGUCUAUUUCUUCAGGGCAGAGAGUGAAUACACAUUUGAAAGAUGGAUGGAAGUGAUCAAUAGUGCCACUAACAGUGCUAGAAGAAUAAGACUUUUUAGUAGACUUGACAGUCAGCAUGCUUCGUAGGGAUUGCUCAAUAUGUACGACAAGGUUGUAUUAUGUUGUUGAAGAACUGGUCAAGUUUACAUAAUGGACAACUAGGCUACAGUUAGUGAUCUUAAGACUUAUAUUGAUGGCAGAUGUGAUGUAUUUUGGAUAGUUGAACAACUUUUUAAUAUUUUUUUAUUUGAAGACAUAUGGAAAUAUUGAUAUCAAGUGUGGUACUUAAGAGUUUUAAAUAGUAACAUUUUUUUUAAUACUUUCAAUCUUUUCAGCACUCUGUAUAAGUGAGAGUUAGAUGAAAUUGAUGUUUGAAACAUCAAAUACUCUUUAAGAUAUGGUUAAUGUUGUUUCAGCUGAAAAUUAAGUAGUGAAACCUCCUUUUUUAAAACAACUCUGUAUAUUGUUUAAUUCCUAAUAUUGAAAUAAGAAUUUGAACUAUUUCAAAUUCUUACAAACCAUACUUUUAAAAUACUUUAUAGUCAUUUAUAAUCUGCCUUUCUAUUCCCAACUUUUAAAAUGUGAAUAAAGCAUAUUUUUAAUCUUCAUAUGCUUGAAAUUAUGAAAUGACUAAACUUCAGUCUGUGCCAAACUGUUUUAGGGUUUGUCUGACAGAAAGAGAAAAUUUAACUUUUCUACUAUAUGUUCAACUAAAAAAUCUUAGUAAAAAAUAUCUGUUUAACAAAUAAUUUGUACAGAAAUAACUUUCCUUACAUUGCAUAGAAACUGUUGGAAGCACUGGAAAUUGCUAACCUUAUACAUUAUGUAACUAGAGUGUUACAUUUACAAACAGUACAUUUUAUUUAGGCCUGACCACAGUAUGAGAUAGCCAUUAACACAUAAGCCAGUAAUUCACAUAGAAGUGCCUUAGAUUGACUAGUAUUAUAAAUCCAUUUUUAAUUGAUUUUUUAAAAUUUUAUUCAUCAAGCAUUUAUAGCUUUUGCAGUUUUUGCAGCUUAGUUUUUUUGCUAUCUUCAUUUUUCGAAUUUCAUAUUUUUCGUGAAGAUCAUUUGACUGCUGCUGCUAUGAAAAUUAUUUCAUUCAUGAAAUCGUAACUCAGUGUUUUUCAGGGAGGAAAUAUUGAAGUUCCUAGUCAUCAGUAAGAAAGUUUUGCUGAAAUUUUGCUUGCAUGCAUAAUAUUGUAAAACUCAUAAAUUUAUUGAGCACUGUUUACUGUUAUAAAGAAUUUUGAGAUUGUUUUAGUGUCGUGGUUGCGUUAAAUCAUUUAAUAUUUUAAAAUGAAAGAACAUAAUUUGCUUUCAUGAAAACUGAAGCUCUAGUAUAUUGUUCACUACUUUCUCACAGAUGUGAUAUUUUAAUAGAUUUCAAAACAUCAAUUAAAAUUUCAGUUUACCUUUUUGAAAAAUAUUAAAUUUGACAGAUUUAACAGUUAAUCGUUGAUAACAUUUGUUUUGAAUGGUUAAUAAACAUUGUUCUAUAGAUACACCUUUAUUUCAGUUUUGUUUGUUGUGAAACUGAAAUUGAAUUUUACAAACACAAUAUUAUACUAGUACUCCAAGAUGUUAUUUAUUUAAUUUAGUUAUGGUUCAACUGAAGCAAAUUUUGAUAGUUAUUUAGCAAAAACCUCAUUUAAAAAUAUUGUGAAAAGUUACAUAUAAACCUACAUUGUUAUAACAUAAUUGGUGUAACAGUAAGUGGGUUUAUUGUAUUUUGUUGAUGUAUCUUGUGUUCAGAUGCGACAUACACAUAUUAAAUACAAAUAAAACAUAAAUCCAUGAAUUGCAAUAUUGUUUUCAUACAAAAAUAUGAGAUAACACUGAAUCAUGUGUUACUAUGUUACAAUCCUUGUUGUGAUUGUAUUUUAAAAUAUCAUUUUCUAUUCAAUUUCCAAUGCUUAAACAUUUUUUUGUGUGUAGUGUGAAUGCUUAUCUGUGUACUGGCAAGACUUGUCCUAUUUUUAUACAAUUUCAUCUGUUACUUUCUUUCUUGAAGACUUAAUUACAUGUGCUUCGUUUCUUUAAAUAUUUUUUUCUUACAUUUAUUACGAAAACUAAGAGAAUUUUUUGAUUUUUUUUUUAGAAUUAUUACCUUCCUAGUACAGUACUUCUGUAAAAGACAAUAGUACCAAAAAAAACUACAUUUAAUACACAGCUGGUUUAGUGCACAAUGUCUUAUCCAUUCAUUCUAUGUACAGUGUAAAGAAUAUAUCUUCAUAUACAGACAUAGAUUUUAUAUUGUUAUAAUUUACACAAGUAUAAUAUUUAUUAAGGAAAUAAUGUAAAACACAGCUUUAUCCUAUUGGAGAAUUUUUUAUUUUUUAUGUAGAAAUUGUAUAUUAGAAAUAUGGUUGCAUGGCAACAUCAUAUUUAUUUGUCUAUCUUUCUCUUUUAUGUUUUAGGGAUUUUAAUGUUUUUUGUUGAUAAAGAGUUAAGGCUUGUUUUAUAGUUUUAGGGCAUUCAUAUUUAUUUUAAAUAAAAACAUAUCUUAAAUAUCAAACAUCGUUCUUAAAUGUUUCAUCAAAAGGAUUCUGCAGUUUAACACAAGAAAUAAGUGUAAAUUUGUUAGAUCUGUGAAGAAUAGCAUGUUGUUAAGUGAUUGAAGUUUUCAUUGCUUUCAUACCAACACUAAAAAAAGAGAUGAUUAUUAUAAACGUUGUAAAAAUACUGUUACCAAUACACAGUCAGAUAAUACAUCACUGACAGGAGUUGUUGCCCCUGGUGAAGGGUCAAUGUCAUUUAGUGAUUAAUUUCACAGAGAAUCCAUCAAUCUUUACAAGAUGUAAAACAAUUCAUGCAAAGUAUUUUGCUUGUUUAUAAGGUCAAUGACUAUUUUACCUUAAACAAUUGAUGUACACAUAUAAAUAAGUAAUGUUCUGCAUUUAAACAUUAAAAUAUCAGUUUUUUUGUACCACAAGUUUUUUUUUAAUUAUUGUGAAUAUUUUUAAAAUAAUACAUGAUUUUUAUGCUAUUCCUGAAUUUUGUACGUCUAGAAUAGAAUUUAACAUAUCAAUAUUAUUCAAGUCGGCAGAUUAAUAACAAGGAAAUUUGUAUUACCUCAGUGUAUAUACGGUAUACAUAUUAGAAGGGCACUUUUUAUAUGACUUUUGUUCAGUUUAUGCUCUUAUUUACCAAGUACCAAGAUCUUUUAUUUGAAGGAGUAAUACUUAACAAUAUUUUUUUUUUAUUUCACAAUGACUGGAAUUUUUAUCAGGUAGAAUUUUUUAAAUCUGUAAAACAUUUUGUAGAAAACAAAGCUUUGUGCAAAAAAUUUGUUUAAAAAAAUUUGUGGCAAUUAGCUUUCAUCAGAUCUGUUUCUAAGCUGAGUUAGAAUUCAGUCAUUGGAUAAACAUUAUUAUAUGAAUUGAUUUUGUCCUAAGUAGUUUCAAGAUUGCUAUAAAUUCUUGAAUAUAUUUUGUCAACUCAUUUACACAUAAAUGUUUACAUGGAUAUCUUUUGGUUGUAUGUAAAGCAUUCAUAAGAAAUUUGGUAGGAUAUCUUCUGGUUGUAUGUAAAGUAAUUGUAAGAAAUUCAGUAGGAUAGUGUUGGCUGUCUUAAUGGUAAACAUCAGACAGUUAUUCAGAUAUCUUCUAUCUAUAUGUAAAAAAAAAAAUUCUGUGGUAACUCCCAAUUUGUUCAUGGUCACUAAAAUCUCUUAUAAAUAUAAAAAGUAUAUGUCUGUAUCUAUAAUAGGAGAUUUAUUUUGAUUUGGUGCUUACUAAUGUAUAUAGGAGUCAUAGCAUUGUACAUUUAUCAUGAGAAAUAAAACAUCAUCAGAUCUG